UCCAGAAAACCAGAUGACGACGAACGUGGAACAGGUGGCGCCAAUGUCGACUGGUUCAGCAGCCGAAGCCAAGGACAUCGUGCAGCAACAAGAGAACGAUCAAAGCGAGGUUGAAGUCGAACCAGCGACAGAGGUCGUCAUUAAGAAGGUCAGGAAGCUAGACAUGAACAGCUAUGCGACGCGUAAGACUAUCGGGUUGGUAUUGCUCGAUCUAGCCUUGCUGGUAGCCAACAUGGAGAAGAUGAAAUCGGUAAUAGCCGAGGGACACACUCACCUGGAUUUCUACUACUUUGUCCUCGUUAUGCUUGUAAUCAUCGCCAUCGUCCAGCUAGGAUUAGCCUUCAUCUUGCUCUAUGUCGGAAAGCUCGAUCUAACCGACAAGACUAACCACUGGGACUUGGACGUGUGGAACAGCAUCGCGAUCAUCGCCAUCGUUGCCGUCACCGUUCUGCAGAUAAUCACUUCAUCGUUCGGCGCAGAGAGGCCGGCCCAUUAGGCUCACUUACAUACCAGCGCUAUCAGGGCACCAGACGAGCGCAUGGCUAUAUUAUCAAGAGCUAAUAAUACCUAUAAUAAUACCUAAUAAUAGGUAUUAUUAGCUCUUGAUAUUAUCCUCUUCUAUUCCCCAUGGAUUCUAGCUGUAGGGCUUAGCUUAGAAGAGCUUCGUAACAACGCCACGGUGAGAUAUAGGCCUACUAUUCUCCUAUAUGUCUACGGGGAGGGGGGGGGCACGUCAACGCGAACGAAAUUGGUGACGUUAUUGCGUACGUAUCUCGAAUGACGCAAUCUUUUUGGCCUGGAUAUUUAUAUAAACGCGCGGUGAUGUCGUGUUAUUUAUGCCGCCCCCAAAUUCGACCUUCGCUGUGUAAACACGGGCGAUGUCGGCUCACUCUCUUGUUGUACGUAUAUUCGGCUCGAUUCUUUGAUGGUAUUAAGACGGAGUCUUCAUCAUGGUGCACUAAAAUGUCUUCCAGCGUGAAUGUAAAACACGAUUUUUACUUUGAUAUCAUCAAGAGCGUAUUAAUUAUGUACGCUAUGUACGCUCUUGAUAUCACGAUUCGACCUGAGCAGGUCUAGUGUAGAACUUAUUUAUAAAUUGCAAAAUACAAAGAUAAUAGUAUUAUUACGUAUCAUUUAUAGUUAAAAGUAUUUUUUAUUUUAUAAAUUUUAUUUUAUAAAUCUGCACUUGGGAUCGUAGGCAAAAUAAGUCCGUAGAUGUAAUUUUCCGCCAUUCCCUGUAUCUCACUACACUCAUUAAUCUACAUUAGGAGUAGAUAGCACAAGAUUUCCUCUAUGAGAAACUAGAGACCUGUGUGUAAGUAAUACAAUCCUGUGUGAAUGUAUCUAUAUAAAUGUACGUGUGCGUGCGCAUUUAUAGAAACUGUAUGAAUAAAUCUAUGAAAUAA